AUGCAGCUCUACAAUGUCUUCGCCUACCCCAUUGUCCGGGAUCAGUUGAUUGCAAACACGGUGCUGGUCGCUGUGGCUACUUUGACGCUGGUCCUACGAUUUGUCUCCCGACAUCUUAGACGAAGCAAUAUUUGGUGGGAUGAUGCAUUCUGUGUUGGAUCUAUGCUGCAUACAUAUGGUAUGCUGGCAAUGCAAUAUCACUAUGCCCGUGUGGGGAUGCGGAUUCAUGUGACAGAGCUUCCCCCAGCGAAUACAAUCUUGAUCGCUAAAAUGCUGAUCGUCUAUCAGAUCGUGUAUUAUAACGCGAUGGUCCUGGCAAAAUUCAGCUAUCUGUUCUUCUACCUGCGCAUCUUCGUCACAAGGGAGUUCCGCAUCCUGACGUGGGUGUGUAUGGGAUGUGCGGCGUCUUACUGGACCGGUAGUGUGCUGCAGGUCUUUCUGAUCUGCCACCCCUUUGAGAAGAAUUGGGGUGCAGGCGUCGGGGGUCAUUGUGCCAGUCAAAAUGUGGCGUUCUCCACGAUUGGCGCGUUCAACCUUAUCACGGACGUGCUGAUCAUGGCAUUACCGGUGCGCUUCAUCUGGAAGUUGCAAAUGUCUGUUGGAACCAAAAUGGCCCUGUAUGGCAUCUUUGGUUUGGGAAUAUUUAUUUCGUCUAUCACCAUCAUCCGCAUUCGUGUCCUCACGACUGUCGACUUUGACGACCUUCCCUACUCUAUGACCUGGGCCGCGUUCUGGAGUGUCACCGAGCCAGCACUCGCCAUUGCAAACUCGUGUGCGCCUAUGCUCCGACCAAUUGCGAAGGCUGCUUUUCCGUCCCUGUUUGGCAGUGCUAAAGCAGGGUAUUCUACGCAGCCAGCGUCAACCGGUCCCAAGCCUAUUCUCAGCAAAAAUAACACCUUUGAUCGGAUCGUGGAUAUUGAAUAUCCACUCACACAAAUGGAUGAAAGGUCGGCUUCUGGGGAUGAGGGAUCGCUGAAUGAUAGGUCGCAUGAUGGUCGUUCCCAUGAUGAGCCGUAUCAUUUCCCAAGAAGUGUGGUUGGGGAUCAUAAGGACCACUCGUGA